AUGGCGUCGUGCAGUCUGAUUGUUAUGUGCGGGCAUCGAGUAUAUACACUCACCGUCUAUCCGCAGACAUGUUGGAAUGAGAUUAUCGAAAAUAUUGCUUCUCAUUUUAAUUUGACUGGAUAUUCAUUUAAUCUUGAAAUUUAUGAUGAACAAAUCCGAAUGUUUGUCGAUUUUGACGAACAGUACGACAAAGAGCUGCGCCAGCGAUUACCUAAAACACAUCAACAAACACUCCAGCUUAGAGUUUCAUUCUCAGAAACGAGUGACUCAGAGGAACACUCUGAUCAGGAGAAUGAUAUAUCGUCAUCACUCAAUGAAUUAGAAACAAGUCUGGUCGGCAGUUCUCCGAUGAAUGAUCAGAUAAUUAGCCCUGCGGAUAUCGAUAUGGACUGUUGCCUUCUUGAUGAUUCUUCCAAAUUAUCCGAUGGUAUUUCGCUGAAUUUGCAAGAUGGUUGUAGUCAUAUCACCUUUGUUCGCGAUGUUAUCCCCUACGAAAAGAAUUAUUAUUCAACAGGCAUGAUUGAUGACGAAGGAAAAAAAAAAUUUACAAAAGGAAAUUAUGUUCGACGUGUCCAAGGCAUCAAAAAUAACUGGGAUGAAAGGUAUACAAGCGUUCUACCUGAGAUAAAGAUUCCACUAUACUUCUUACACCAAGACCGAUUCCAACUCCUUAUUGCUGUUGUUCUCGAAGAACUGAAUGAUAAACAAAUCACUUGGCAUUUACAUAAAUUAAAAGGCUUUUUACGUGAUAAUAGCAAAACAAAUGUGACACCUCUCAAUCCACUUUAUCUGGAUAUUGAACGAUCAAUGUUGACGAAAGACGGCAUUUUUAAAUUGCCAUUAAGAAUGUGUGAUAUUCUUCUAAGUCGAUUUGUCAAAAAAGACGAUGCCAUUUUUCAUUCACUUCCUGCAGCUGCAAUUCCUGAUCUUCAUCCUGCCGUACAUACAUCAGAUACACCAAGACUUGCGUGUGUCAUAGCAGAUAGAAGCGGUGCUGUAUGUUGGGACACUUUCGGAUUAUCAGAUUUUAUUCAUCCAAUCAUUCUUCACAAGAGAAAAAUGAUUUCAUUGGAUCCUCGUACGCAUAUGGAUAUUAGUUCAACAAAUGAACCAGCAUCAGAUCUUCCCAUAGCGCAACCUGAAUGUGAAGGGAAAAGGCAACAUAUUAUUCAAAAUUUUCUCCUCGUGUGGCUAGAUUGUACUAUUGACGAAUCAAGUAACGAUUUCCUUAAUUCAUUCGUUCGAUUACAAUGUUUUGUCAAUGUUCUUAACACGUUUACGGAUAUCGAUGAAUGUAUAGAUUUCGUUUCUGACAUCACUAAUGAAAAAGUAUUUUUGAUUACAUCUGGCUCACUCGGUCGACGCGUUCUACCUCUUGUACAUAAUAUACCACAAUUGGACUCAAUUUAUAUAUUUUGUGAAAACAAAUCCAUUCAUGAACGAUGGGCAAAAGAUUGGCCUAAAAUAAAUGGCGUUUUCAAUGAUAUUACUCAGAUUUGCGAGUCACUUGAUCAAGCUGUUCGACGAUGCGAUCAACAGUCGAUCUCGUUUAGUUUUGCUUCAACCGAUGAGACGCCAAAUAGAAACUUGGAUGAACUUGAUCAAUCGUUCAUGUAUACGCAAAUACUCAAAGAAAUAUUACUUACUAUCGACUUUGAUCAAACGCAUAUACACGAGUUUCUUACGUACUGUCGUCAACAAUACGCCAAUAAUCAUAGUAUGUUAAAGAAUAUAGGCAAGUUCGAAAGAGAAUAUCAUAGUCAUUCGCCCAUAUGGUGGUAUACUUCUUCAUGUUUUUUAUAUUCUAUGCUUAAUCGUGCUCUACGUACAUUAGAAAUUGGUACAGUCAUUAAGAUGGGCUUUUUUAUUCGAGAUCUUCAUGAACAAAUCAACAACAUAUAUAUGCAACAAGUCACUGACAUUUGUGCUCAGUCAUUUACUGUCUAUCGCGGUCAAGGAUUAAGUAAAGAGGAGUUCGAGAAACUAAGGCAGAAUCGAGGUGGAUUAAUGUCGUUCAACAGCUUCUUGUCAACAAGUCGAGACCAAAACGUUUCUCUUCAUUUCCUCGACAAUAUUCAAACUGAUCUCAAUUCUGUAAAAGUUCUGUUUCAGAUUACUAUAGUUUCUUCACUGAUAUCGACUCCUUUUGCGUCUCUAGACAAUAGUAUCAGUUGUUAUAGUUCAGAAAGGGAGGUUCUUUUCUCUAUGAAUACUGUUUUUCGUAUUGGGAACAUUGAGCAAAUCACCAAUACUCACCGAUUAUGGGCGGUAGAACUUACGUUGACUAGUGACAAUGAUCCAUCACUUCAUGCUUUAACCGGACAAAUGCGGGAGGAUACAUCUUUAGGUCUGAAAGGAUGGUAUCGUUUGGGCAUCUUGUUACAUAAACUAGGUGAGUUCGACAAAGCUGAACAACUUUACCUAUUACUUCUUGGUCAGACAGCUAACGAUUUGGAAAACAUACACACGUACUGUGAGCUCGGCGUGAUCAAAAAUGCUCAAGGCGAUUAUAGUCAGGCGAUCUGUUUCUAUAAAAAGGCGCUUGAAAUGACCGAGAGGACUCUUCCUGUGACUGAUCCGUGGUUCACGAAUUUGUACAGCAACAUUGCACAAGUAUAUCAGAAAAUGGGCCAAUAUUCAAACGCACUAGAUUUCUAUCAAAAAAUACUUCUAAUUCAUCAAAGAUUACUCCUGUCAAAUGAUCCCGCAUUGGCUAAAUCUCAUAAUAACAUCGGAGAGCUACAUUAUCAGAUAGGUGAACAUUCUCAAGCAUUAUUGCAUUAUGAAAAAUGUCUGGAAAUCCAACAUGGAACUCUACCAGCAAACCAUCCUGCUUUAGCUAUUACAUACAAUAAUAUUGGUUCAGUUUAUGCGAACAUGGGAGAGUAUUCUAAAGCAUUUAGUUCUCACGAAAAAGCACUUCAAAUUCGACAGAAAACGCUUCCUGCUAAUCAUCCUAACAUAGCCCAGUCGUAUAACAAUCUUGGCUUACUAUAUAACAGUAUGGGUGACUACCCGAAAGCAAUCUCCUUUCUCGAAAAAGCCCUUCAAAUUCAACAACAAUCACUUCCUUCCAAUCAUCCUAAUUUAGCUUCUUUAUAUAACAACAUCGGUAUGCUAUUUUACAAUAUGGGCGAGUAUUCAAAAGCACUGUCGUAUUAUGAAAAAACUUUCACAAUUCAACAGCAUUCUCUUGCUGAUAAUCAUCCCGAUUUAGCUUCUUCCUACAGCAAUAUUAGUAGUGUAUAUUACGCCAUCGGACAGUAUAACGAAGCGCUUAUAAACCACAAAAGAGCUCUUGAAAUACGACAAAAAACCCUUCCUGAAAAUCAUCCUGAUUUGGCUACCUCCUAUACUAGCAUUGGUUUGGCGUAUUCAAAGAUGAAUGAAUAUUCGCAGGCACUUGCGUAUUAUUACAAAGCUCUUCAAAUUCGACAAAAAACGUGUCCUGCUAAUCAUCCUCACUUAGCUACUAUUUACGAUAAUAUCGGCUUGUUAUAUGCCAAUAUGCAUCAACACUCCAAAGCUCUUUCGUAUUUCCAAAAAGGUCUCCUCAUCUGGCAAGAAAGUCUUCCUCCAAAUCAUCCCACCUUGGCUACUUCUUACAAUAAUAUCGCAGAAAUGUGUGAAAAUGUGGGUGCCUACUCGAAUGCACUGUUGUUUUUGGAGCUCGCUCUCAAGAUUUCACGCUGCUCACUGUCUGUCGACCAUCCUAACAUAAAACUCUUCGAAAAAAACAUUGAAAAUUUGAAGAAAAAAUUGUAA